AAUUUGACGGUAGGAUGCAGUAACGUAAUGUGUAUGAUGUUCUGCGAGUUUGGCUUCAAGAAGGAUGCAAAUGGUUGCGAUGUUUGUAAAUUUACAAAAGAACCGGAGAUCUGUAGUGACAUUCAGUGCAAAAUGGAGUGUCCUUUCGGUUUCGAAAAAAAUGAAGAUGGGUGUUUCUUGUGUGCCUGCUAUCUGCCGUGUGCUAGCGUGACAUGCGACUCUGGCAAGGUUUGUACUACAGUCGUCAUACCCAGUGAGACAGACAACCUGCUAAAAUAUCGACCCGUCUGUGUUAAAAAACUAGACUGCAGUAGCAAAAACUGUGACCUCAUAUGCCCAUUCGGAUUUUUAAAGGACGACAAGGGUUGUGAUUUGUGUCAAUGUGAUGAUCCGUGCCAGAACAAGUGCAACGGCAAUCAGGUCUGUCGGGCUGGCUCCUGCGUUAACAUACCCAACCCAAUGAGUGCACUAUGUUUAAGUUCCUACUGUCUGGUAAAAUGCGUGCGUCCAACUUUCUCCGAACCCAGUAUGUCCAACCAAUAUGAUUGCAGCCAGUGUAAAUGCGAUGAUCUAUGCUUAUACGAAGACUGUGGUUCAAAGAAAUGUAAGAUGACCGCCGAGACAACAUGCAUCCUUGAUAUAUGCUUCAACACAACCAAACCAAAAUGCUACGAUCUCUGUCCGGCGAUGGAUUGCAACCAGGAAUGCGACUACGGUCACCACACAGAUUCAAACAACUGCCAACUUUGUUCUUGUUUCGAUCCUUGUGAUGAAAAACAGUGUGGCCCGAAUGCCUUCUGCUCUAUAAUAGAUAUUUUCAUAAUGUCCAGUGAUGGCACGUUUCAGAAGAGCCCAAAACCUCAAGUCACUUGCAAUGAUUACAUCAUGGUACACUCGGUUCUGAAAAUUAUGGCUGAUUUCAGCAUCAUUAAUCCGUUGGAGACCGCAUUGUUUAACCUACAAUUCAGUAGACAGAUAGCAGACAUGUUGAAAGUCAAGGAGUUUGACGUCAUCAUAAAAAGUAUAUAUGAAAACAUUUUGGUGGAUUUUGAUGUGCGCACGGAAAAUAAAUAUGAAGAGGCUAUGGUUAAAAAUAAUUUAGAGUCGAUCAAACAGAGGAGAAACUUUCACAUAACAUACAAAGGCCAAAAUUAUGACGCCUACUUCACAGACAGCCAGGCAACAGCCUCAGGUCAGCCAACAGCUCCAAGCCACACCACCACGACCACUUCUUAUUGGUAUUUAACACCAGGAUGGUUCACCCCGGGUAUAUUUGACUGGACUUCAAUGUUUCCGACAACAACUACUGAUUCUUAUGAUGGAGUUUUAUAUACAGAGUCCAAACCAAAUUCCUCCUACCUCUAUCUCAUUCUUCUCUCCAUCUUGAUACCGGUUGGUGUUGUUAUACUCGUCAUCAUGGCCUCUCUGCUCAUCUUCUUGUGCUGCAUUAAGAAGAAAGUUACAAAUGUGGAACAGCCACCCGUUUACACAAAUCCGUCUCUUGCGUUUAUUUCGGAUUUUAACUCUGGCCUGUACAGUUCUUACGUUCCGAAUUCAGGAGCUAACCCGGUGUAUCCACCUCACGUUCUGGACUUGGCCUACGUGUCCGAGGUCAAAGUUCAUCCCGAUACGAUCGAGGCUUAAAAAAGGAUCAAUAAUUCUCGAGAUUAUUAUCAUAUUUUUUAGAUAUGAUGAUUUUUGCUGCUAUGCUAAUGAAAUUUUUUGUAUGCUAAUGAUAUUUCAAAAACUUACGUUUUAAAAAAACGAUUUUAUAACGCUUCAAGACAUUGAUACUUUUGUUUGAAUUGGUUUUUAUUUUCAACCAUGGAUAUAAUCAAUUCUAAAAUUUU